AUGGCUUUGCAAAGUGGUAACGACCAACCCGGGAACUCCGCUAGAGGCAGCAACCCAGAAAACCUCCCUGACACCCAAGCCUCCCACAAUGACCCGAUGCCGCCACCAAUUCGUACUGUUGGCGAAUCGUCCUCUCGCCACGUUAACCCAUGGGAACGGCCCGCAAGCUGGUGGGUCAACAAUCUGCCCCGUCCCGACUCACCAUACGGACUUUACGAAGAUUACGGCGUUGGCGAAGAAGCCCCAGAGGUCUGCUCGGCCAACGAAGACGAGGAGCUCGACCCGAACAUCGCGCGGACGAACGUGGAGUCCGGAGGCACAUCCGCACCGUCGUCUUCGCGGACGACUUCUUCGCAACCGCGCUGGAGUAAGGAGGACGAGAUGCUGCUGAUGCAGGAGCGCUACGAAUUACACGUUAGAGGAGAAUGGAGCGGUAUGCGAGGUAUGCAGGGACAGAACCAGUUUGCAAAGCUCCAUCGCAACUUGCUCGCGCGCAAUCGACAGUGGCGCCAUCCUGUAACCCACCUGCGACCGAAGCUUCGUCGCAUGGAGGCGUGCUGGAAUCGAUGGCGUGGUGUGUGGAAGAAAUCGGGGGAGGGUCUGCCAGAGGGGUGCCCCUUAUGGUACGAGAUGGCGGACGAAAUGUGGCGCGACCGCGAAACCGUCCGCCCAACAACCACUGUGGAGAGUGGUCCCGACGAGCCCACAGUGAACGGUCCGACCUUACCCACCGACACACCCAUGACUGCGCCGGAAGAUGCGGCACCGGUGCACCCGCUCGUCGGUAGCGACAAUGGCCCUACUACACCGCGCACCGUAUCCGCGCGCGGGCUGCCAUCGGCACCAGUGAGUGCCGCGGGGAACGGCUCAACUGCUGACGAAGCUCCUGUCCUGCCGCAUUCGGCUCCACCUGCAUUACAGGCAACGCCCACUGCCGCGAAGAGCGCUCCUGUCUGCGGAACCACUCCGUCGCCGUCGAAGCCGUCGUGCUCCACCCCUGGGACGAAGCGUCCCCGUGGGUCGCCUCAUCAUCGCUGGGCCGCCACGUCACUGAAUAUUGGCCCAGGGGGUUCGCUCCGAAGUGGCCGCACGACGGCGAGGGCGAGAGCGGCGGCUGCGACGGAGGCCGAACAAGACAACGACGAGGAAUGGGGAGCAAUGAGUAAAAGCGGCCGCAAAGGAAAGCGCGCGUGGGUGGAGGACGUGUGUCGGAGUAUGACGCGUGAGUUGACCGCAUGCGUUGAAACGACUAUGACCCGCCUAUUCGAACGUACCCGAGAAGAGGACGGGCGAGAUCCGGAUGACCAAGACGCCACGAGGCGUAAAGGAAAGCGCAAAACCGAUUCCGACGAAGAACAGGCGUGA